AUGGACUAUAAUGCUAAUGAUCAAGACCGGAUUCGUGGGGCAUAUCUACAAAAACGUCCUUGUCAACCUCGUGAUCAUAAUUUUCUACAAAAAUCAUUUGGACAAAAACUUCGGCAAUUUAAUCAGACUUGGUUUAGUGAAUUUGCUAAUUGGUUGGAGUAUAGCGUAGUAAAUGAUGCAGCAUUUUGUUUAUAUUGUUAUCUUUUCAAACCCGAUAUUGGAGAUCAAGCAAGUGGUGAUUCUUUUGUUGAUGUCAAAGUGGUUACAUUGAGUAAUGCUCCACAAAAUCUUAAGUUGACAUCUUCUGAUAUUCAAAAGACAUUACUUGGAUUGAGUAUUUCCAGAUUGCGGGGUCAAGGAUAUGAUGGGGCUACUAAUAUGCAAGCAUCAUGUAAACGCCGGGAUAUUGUUAGGGAGAAGCAAGCUUCAAAUGUUGCUGAGGCACUUAAUACUGGAGAGCUAUCUAGUGGGCAAGGCUUAAAUCAAGAAACUAAUCUUAAACGUGCUGGUGAUACACAUUGGGGUUCACACUAUGGUACUUUAGUCAGCUUGGCUAGUAUGUUUUCAACAGUGAUUGAUGUGCUUGAAAUGAUUUCGAAGGAUGGUUCAAAUUUAGAACAACGAGCAGAAGCAAAUGUACUAUUAGGCUCAAUUCAGUCAUUUGAAUUUGUAUUCAACCUUCAUUUGAGGAAAAUGAUAUUGGCUAUUACAAGUGAGUUAUCGCAAGCACUACAAAGGAAAGAUCAAGAUAUUGUUAAUGCCAUGAAUUUAGUUCAAAUUUCUAAAGUACGGCUCCAAAAGAUGAGAGAGAGUGGGUGGACAUCUUCACUUGAUGAUAUUUUGUCUUUUUGUGAAAAGCAUGAAAUUGAUGUUCCCCAAAUGGAAGAUAUGUUUGUAGCUCGAGGGAGAAAAAGGCGCAAUGCUCAAGAAAUUACAAACUUACAUCACUAUCGCGCUGAGUUAUUCCACACUGUUUUGGAUAUGCAAGUUCAAGAACUAAAUGCUCGUUUCACUGUGUCGAACACUGAUUUGUUACUUUGUGUAGCAUGUUUGAAUCCAUCUAACUCUUUCUCUAGUUUUGACAAGAAAAAGUUAAUUCAUCUUGCUGAAUUUUAUCCCAAAGAAUUUUCUUCAGUGGAGCUCAUGGUACUUAAUGAUUAA